UCCGCCUCCUGACCGCUGCCCUCCGCCGGAGCCCUGCCAGAGCAGCGCCGGGUGACUACAAGUAAGUUGUGGUUGCUGACCGGCAGGUGGCUUAACUUCUAUCAGUACAUGCAUGAACUUAGCACGACAAGUCCUGAACUGCUCCAAGUUCGCAUGUCACGCAGCUAGCAUAAACUGCACGCGAAGGUUUUGUACUUCACAGCAUAUAAUGACGUCACGGCACACUCACGCAAAACGGAUUGAGGGACUGGACAAGAAUGUCUGGGUGGCGUUUACGUCACUGGCAGCAGACCCAUCCGUCGUCAACCUGGGCCAAGGCUAUCCAGACAUCCCGCCACCGUCUUACGUCAAGCAGGCGCUAGCAGAGGCUGCAUCAGUGGACAAGAUGAACCAGUACACCAGAGGCUUUGGUCAUCCAUCUUUGGUGAAGGCCCUUUCUCAGGUUUAUGGGAAGGUCUGUGGACGCCAGAUCGACCCCUUCAAGGAAAUCCUGGUCACAGUUGGAGGUUAUGGUUCCUUGUUCUGCACCAUACAAGGACUGGUGGAAGAGGGAGAUGAAGUCAUCAUAAUCGAACCUUUCUUUGAUUGCUAUGUGCCUAUGGUGCGAAUGGCAGGUGCCAAGCCUGUGUUGAUACCGUUACGCCUUAAGCCUGGAAAGAAGACAAUCACAAGUGCAGACUGGUUUCUUGACCCAGAUGAGCUUUCCAGUAAAUUCAACUCAAAGACAAAGGCCAUCCUCAUCAACACCCCCAACAAUCCUAUUGGGAAGGUUUUCACCAGAGAUGAGCUGCAGAUGAUCGCUGACCUCUGUAUUAAACAUGACACGCUGUGCUUCAGUGAUGAGGUUUAUGAGUGGCUCAUCUACAGGGGACACCAACAUAUCAAAAUCGCCACUCUGCCUGGAAUGUGGGAUAGAACCGUCACGAUCAGCAGUGCAGGGAAAACAUUUAGUGUUACUGGAUGGAAGCUUGGUUGGUCGGUAGGACCUGAGCACUUGAUAAAGCAUCUUCAGACCGUCAUGCAAAACACUCUGUACACCUGUCCAACACCUUUACAGGAGGCCGUGGCACAAGGUUUGCUCCUGAACUUUGAGCUGAUGGGUCAGCCGGAGUGCUACUUCUCCUCACUGGCAGAAGAGCUGGAGGGCAAGAGGGACCGCAUGGCUGCCAUCGUGAAAGAGGCCGGCAUGACUCCCGUCAUCCCGGAGGGAGGCUACUUCAUGCUGGUGGACGUCACAUCUCUCAAUCAGGACCUGUCACAUAUGGUCGAUGAGGAUGAAGCGUAUGACUACAAGUUUGUGAAGUGGAUGAUUAAAGAAAAGAAACUGGCAGCCAUUCCAGUCACAGCGUUUGUUGGAGAUGAGUCCAAGAAGCAGUUUGAGAAAUAUAUUCGCCUUUGCUUCAUUAAGCAAGACAGCACUCUGGAUGCAGCAGGGGACAUCUUGAAAAACUGGACUAAGACUUAAUGGGGUGCUGUGUCUGAAGACUUCAGCAGAACUCUGUGUUCAAACUGAAGCGACAGAGUUGGAAUACAACAUUGUACACAAAUUUUAAAUUGGUAAAAUGCUCCCAAUAAAACAGUUUGUAAUAAAGAUUACUGUCCAUACUUUGAUUUGUAUUCUGUUUUAAGGUAAAGAAUCCUUAAGUCAGAUUUACAGAAAUGAAUUCUCGCAGUAAAUAUUCAUUCCUCUUUUCAUACUGUAUAGAUUCAUUCACUAUUUCGUGAGUUAAUGUUUGCAUAGGGGUUUAAAACUAGACCAAAUAUUUCUGCUGCCUGUAACUGUCACCUGUCUUUAGUUUCCAAUAAAACUGAAACCCAGAUCCAGGUCUGACCUUCUUGUUAAAAGCAGUG